UGUGCUAUCGAAUUAAAAUUUUUUCUUUUCUUUUUCUUGCUUUCAUGGUUCAAGAAAAAGUAUAGCAGAGUACUCUCACUCAGUCUCAGUCUCAGAACAUGAAUAAGCUUCUCUAGAAUUCUUCUUCGGAUCACUUAAUACGACACCGUCUUCGAACGAAGAAUCUCUUUCUCUUGCCCUAAAGCGAGUUAGGGUUUAACACACAAGUAUAACCUUUUUGAUUUGUGUCUCUUUGCUCUGUUUUUUUGUCGGCUUGUGUAACCGAUCAACUCAAGCUAUUGGCUCCUCACCCCCUGAAUUUUGACUUCUCCUAUGGAUCUCAAAGCUUCUCCAAUAUGAAUCCUAUCUCCAACCUCACAAUAUCUUUAUAUAUAUGAGCCACAAGAGCAAGCAUACCCAGUAGAUGCAGCGACCAUGGACGGUGGUUACGAUCAAACCGGAGGAGCUUCUAGAUACUUUCACAACCUCUUCAGACCUGAGCUUCAACACCAACUUCAACCUCAGCCUCACCUUCACCCUCUGCCUCAACCUCAACCUCAGCCUCAGCAGCAAUCAGAUGAUGAAUCUGACUCCAACAAGGAUCCGGGUUCCGACCCGGUUACCUCGGGUUCAACUCCCGGGAAACGUCCACGUGGACGUCCUCCGGGAUCCAAGAACAAGCCGAAGCCACCGGUGAUAGUGACAAGGGAUAGCCCCAACGUGCUUAGAUCUCACGUUCUUGAAAUCUCAUCUGGAACCGACAUAGUUGAGAGCGUUACCACUUACGCUCGCCGGAGGGGGAGAGGGGUCUCCGUUCUCAGUGGUAACGGCACCGUAGCUAACGUCAGUCUCCGCCAGCCUGCAUCAGCUACGGCUCAUGGGACUAAUGGUGGAACCGGAGGUGUUGUGGCUUUACAUGGAAGGUUUGAUAUACUUUCCCUCUCCGGUACGGUCUUGCCGCCUCCUGCGCCCCCGGGAUCCGGUGGUCUUUCUAUCUUUCUUUCCGGCGCACAGGGUCAAAUGGUCGGAGGAAACGUGGUGGCUCCGCUUGUGGCUUCCGGUCCAGUGAUACUAAUGGCUGCAUCCUUCUCUAAUGCAACUUUCGAAAGGCUUCCGCUCGAGGAUGAAGGAGGAGAAGCCGGAGGAGCAGAAGUUGGAGAGGGAGGAGGAGGAGAUGCUCCACCGCAGCCGCAGGCCACGUCAGCAUCAUCACCCACUGGAGCCGGUCAAGGACAAAUAAGAGGUAACAUGAGUGGUGGUUAUGAUCAGUUUGCCGGCGAUCCUCAUUUGCUUGGUUGGGGAGCAGCAGCCGCUCCAAGACCACCUUUUUAGAAUUGGAAAUUAUGUCCGUAACAUAGCUGUAACCAAAUUUCAUUUUUCAUAAUUAAAAAACAAAAAAAUGCCAUUCUAUUGAUAACAACUUCUUCAUUAUUUGAGGUUCUUAAUUUAGUUGAUCAUAUAUGAAAUAUUUGAAUUCGUCUUCA